AUGGAGGAAACACGAGAUGCGACCCAGGGCCAAGCAGAGAUGGUCGAGUCAUCAAAUGGCACCAAGAUCGAAGCUGCCUCAGGCGCCCGACUGUACAUGAUGCUGGCCAGUCUGACCAUGGCAGCGUUCCUCGUCAUGCUUGAUACCUCCAUUGUCUCCACGGCCAUUCCGAAAAUUACUGACGAAUUCCACUCCCUUCAUGAUCUCGGUUGGUAUGGCAGUGCAUACCAGCUUGGAAGUGCUGUCCUCCAGCCGCUGACCGGAAAGGUAUAUCAACACUUCAGUCUCAAAUGGUCGUUCAUCUCCUUUUUCGCGGUCUUCGAAAUCGGAUCGGCGCUCUGUGGUGCCGCCCAGACCUCUGCCAUGCUCAUUAUCGCCCGAGCCAUCGCUAGUAUCGGUGCUUCGGGUCUGAUCAAUGGUGCAAUCUCCAUCAUUGCCAGCUCGUUGCCCAUGGAGAAACGGCCUAUUGCCAGUGCCAACUGGAAUCAUGAUGUCCAUCUGGUAGGCUUCUAUAUCAACUUACCCCUUGGUUGCCUGGUUGCGAUACCACUGGCCUUGAUGCACAUCCCAGAGCAGAUCGAGAAGGAAAAGCCUCUGGUAGUGCUCCGUCAGCUCCAUCGCCAUCUGGAUCUGGUCGGAUUUGUCCUCUUUGCACCGGCUGUCAUUCAGCUGCUCCUUGCAUUGCAAUUCGGAGGGCACGGCUUUGCCUGGAAGUCAUCUCAAGUCAUCGGCUUAUUUUGUGGAUCCGGAGCUACGUUCAUUCUCUGGUUCAUCUGGAACUACCACCAGGGCAAUGAUGGACUCCUGCCCUUUCCCGUUAUCAAGCGUCAGGUUAUCUGGGCAAGCGGAGCCAACUAUACCUUCGUCAUGUCGAAUCUGCUGGUAACGGCUUACUUUAUACCGGUUUACUUUCAAGCAGUCAAGGGUGUGGAAGCCAUCACCAGUGGAGUCUAUGUUCUGGGCAUGGUCCUCCCUCAGAUGUUGGGAGUCGGCAUCAGCAGCUAUCUCCGUAAGGCUGAUUUCACCGGCAUUUGCUUCUGCGCUGAAAUCGCUGACCCUUUCACAGUGGGGCUUGUCCGCUACAUCCCCCCGUUUUCCAUAUUUUCGGGGUUUCUCGCUGCCAUUGGCACUGGUCUGUUUGGGCUCCUCAAGCCAGACACUCCGACUGGCCACUGGGUUGGGUUCAUGAUCAUCACGGGCCUUGGUCGAGGAGUAGGCUUUAUGAUGCCCCUGAUGGCCGUCCAAAACGUCACGAAUGCAGAAGAGCUCACUGCCGCCACCGCAUUUAUUGUCUGGGCCCAGUACAUUGGCCCAACCAUUUUCCUCGCUGUGUUCAACGUCAUCUUCGACACUGGCCUCCGAUCGGGGAUUACCAAAUACGCGCCCAACGUAGAUCCUGCAACAGUCACCGCGGCUGGUGCAACGCGCUUCCGAAAGAUCGUGGAUCCCAAAGACUUGGCAGGCGUUCUCUUUGCCUACUCGUACAGUCUUGAUCGGGUGUUCUACAUCUGUGCAGUUCUCGCUGCACUGGCUAUGCUCACUGCCUUUGGCAUGGGUUGGAAGAAACUCGCCAAGAAGGAGAGGAGGAGGAGGAAGAAGAGCAAGAAGAGCAAGAAGCCUGUGCCGGUCGAGAUGUCUGACAUGACACCUACUGCGGCCGAGGAGCGAUCUGUCGAGAACGAGCAGAUCAAGGUCUGA